CUUGUCACACAAGGAUUGGGUAUAUAUUGCUACCACGAGGUUCUUUAAUCAAUCCAAGAAGUAGCCAUCUGGGGGAUUCUUAGUCCUUCACGAGUUCCUUUAGGGUUUCUUGAUUGUUGAAGCGUUUUGUGGUCAGUCUUGUUGCAUUUAGUUAGAGAUUUACACAGAAAUAGAUGGUUGGCUUUGUUUUCAGGGUUUUGUCCAGAUGGGGUAUAAAUUACCACCACUAAGUUUAUUAAUCAAUCCAAGAAGUCGCCAUUCGAGGAAUCUUUAGUUCUUCAAGAGUUCCUUCAGGGUUUGUUAUUUUUUAAGCACUUAGUGGUAAGUCUUACAGCAUUUUUCUUGUAGUAACAGUUUGGAUCUUAUAGUGGACCAUGGAAAGGUACAGGUUAAUUAACGAACUUGGGGAGGGAACCUAUGGCAGUGUCCUGAAGGCGAUUAAUAACGAGUCUGGUGAAGUUGUUGCCAUUAAGCAGAUGAAGAGAAGAUAUGAUUCAUGGGAAGAAUGUUUGAGUUUGAGAGAAUUGAAGUCCUUGCGGAAUUUGCAUCAUCCAAACAUUGUGAUGCUUAAGGAGCUUGUCCGCCAAAACAGCAUCCUGUAUUUCGUUUUCGAGUACAUGGAACAGAACCUUUAUCAGGUAAUUUCUGACAGGAAAAUCCUGUUCUCAGAAGUUGAAGUUCGGAACUUGUGUCGUCAGGUGUUUCAGGGUCUUGCUUACAUGCAUCAGAAAGGGUAUUUUCACCGCGAUCUUAAGCCGGAGAACCUGUUGGUUACUGAAGACGUUGUUAAGAUUGCUGAUUUUGGUCUUGCAAGAGAAAUCGAUUCGCAGCCGCCGUAUACACAAUAUGUUAGCACCCGCUGGUAUCGCGCUCCUGAAGUGAUGCUGCGGUCAGAUUGUUACAGUUCUAAGGUUGAUAUGUGGGCUAUGGGCGCUAUCAUGGCAGAGUUAUUCACUCUCCGUCCACUGUUUCCUGGUACCAAUGAGGGAAACCAGAUGUACAGAAUAUGCAGUGUCUUCGGCACUCCAACUAUAGAUUCAUGGGCUGAUGGAAUUCAUCUUGCGAGGACUCUUAACUACCAAUUUCCGAACUUUGAUGGUGUCCAGCUUUCGGCAUUGAUCCCAUCUGCCAGUGAGGAAGCAAUCGACCUUAUUUCAAUGCUUUGUUCUUGGAAUCCUUGCAAUAGGCCUACUGCUGAGGAGGCCUUAAAACAUCCUUUCUUCAGGAAUGACCAUUACAUUCCGCCUUGUCUUCACUUCACAGCCGCUGCUAAGAGAGAAACUCAUUCUGAUGGAUCAAUAGAAGAAUUAGAGCAGAAACGCGACAUGGGAUAUUGCGGGGCUCUAUAUGAUUCAAGUCUCAAUCACAACUUUCCUUCCUCCAACAAGUUAGACACCGGUUCGAGUACAGUUGCAAGUUCUAUAGGGUUAACCAGGAUGUUUCCCUUUCUAGCGAACAGUUAGGGUUCGGACCAUAAUCUAUCAACACAAGCAGAACAAUUGUUCGUGGAGUUUCAGAUGCAGCAGAUUUGUCAGCAAGCUCGACCGUUCUUACAUGCAAUUUGUAAAGCAGCUCCAGUCAGUUCCUAUGAAGGCUGGAGUAAAAGUCCUCUUAGAACGUUGACAUGUUCAUACAUUUUCAA